UACCAAACGGAGAGAAAUGCUAGAGUAUUGUUGAUUUGGCAUUUUGAUAUUUAUAUACAUUUAAUUGUAGAUAACAAACCAUAUUAACCUAGCUAACUAUCAAAAGGAAUUCGGUAUGGUGAACAUCCCCGACCCCUACCUGUCAGAGAAACUAGUGUGUGAUAUUUGGUUGGCUUAUGUGAAUAAAGGGACGUUAAUGGACUAUGUAGUUACUGUAAAGUUACUCACGUUAACCUGUCAAAAGCUAGCCGCAGUUAGCUCGACGGCUAACAAGCAAGUCAUCAACUCGCUUGCUAAACCAGUUCACGGAUCAAAUUCGAACAUUAAAAAACUCACACAUAUAAUGCUGCAUGUACUGUUGGUUUAAAAUGACGUUUGGCAAUAGACAUACUCAUUACGAGAGAAAAAAAAUGAAGCACAACGUCUGGUCAAAGUAAAAGCGCUAAUGUUAGCGUACCCAAAUGACGUCUCAGCAUGCGACGGUGAGGAGUUGAAAGACCCCGCAGUGUGUGGUGUUACCAUGCAGAUGCCAAACUUACAGUAACAUUAGAUACAGAAACGUAUCGUUUGUUUCGCGUAUUAUUUGUAGGUAGUAACAUUAUUUUACACAUCGAACAGGGACUGUGGAAUUUAGGAUUUCUACUAGUCUGUCUUCCCCUGAAGUACAGUACCAAGGCUCCUUUUCUUCAAACAGAGAUGUCGUGUUUUGGUGGUGAUCCCAACUUUUGCCCAGAGUGUGGGAACAUUCUUCCUCUUCCAGGAAUACAGGACACAGUCCGCUGCCCCCGCUGCUCCUUCUGCAUCCCUGUAGCAGAGUUCUCGGGCCAGGAGAUCCGCUCUACAGUCAUCUUCAACCCUGUGGAGCAGUCGUCGGUGGCUGUAGAGGACGAGGAGGACUCUGAACUGAAGGGACCUGUGAUUGACAGACGCUGCUCUCGUUGCAAUAAAGAGGGGAUGGUUUACCACACCAGGCAGAUGAGAUCUGCAGAUGAAGGACAGACUGUCUUCUUCACCUGUGUACACUGCAGAUAUCAAGAGAAGGAGGACUCCUGAGAGGAAAUCCAACUCGCCUUCUCCAUUCCUCUCCAUGCAUUUGCUCUCAUGUCUGCCAGUGUUGCUUUCAGAUAGUUGGAUGCUUUCUCAACACAUGGAUUGUAAAUAUAAGUUUGAAGGAGCAAAGACUCACUGCAGAGCAUCUCAGUGACUGAUCCUGAAGUAUUAGUAUUCACACUUUGAAUAAAGUUUGACAAAAUAGUUGUAA